GAUGGUGCUGCCGUGGCCCCUGCUGAGAUGUGCCCGUGCUGUUGCAGGUGAUGGGCAUGGUCCGUGUCCCCCUCUACACCCAGAAGGAUCGCAUGGGCGGGCUGCCCAACUUCCUGGCCAACUCCUUCGUAGGAACCGCCAAGUUCCAGCUCCUGUUUGCCCUGAAGAUCCUGAACAUGGUGCCGGAGGAGAAGCUGGCUGAGGCGGUGGCUGCCACACAGAGGCCGAAGAAGGCGGCCAUCGACCAUGCCGGAGGGGCAGCAGGACACCUGGCUGCCCACAAGGCGGGCAAUGAGCUGGCUAAAGCGGGCAACGAGCUGGGAGAGAGGGCAGAGCACCCGGGCAUGGUGCACGCGGGGGCCGAGCAGCAGCUGGUGGGGCUGGAGGGCCAGGCCCUGGCGGAGCAGCUGGCGGGGGCCGAGGCGCUGGAGCAGUCAGUGGGGCUGGGCGCUGAUGCUGUGGCGGAGCAGGCGGUGGCCGAGGUGAUGGAGUGAUGCCGCCGUGUUGGCGCUCAAUUAAAAGUGGGUGAGCUGAGAGACUUCUAACUUUCCGACCCGUGGCUGGCUGCAGUGGCUGCCCACGAGAUCCCACUGCCCAGCCGGGAGGGGUUGGGUUUGUCUAAAGCAGGGAAAAGCAAUUUUAUUUUUAUGGCCAUUAAACUCUUAGCGAGCUUCCCAGAUCAACCUGCACAGCCCCUGCAGAGAGUUCAUGUGCUUAUGUGAGGGCGCCAGAGCCUUAGAAUUGCGCUUUGAUUUCAGGGACACACUGCUGCUGUCAGGUCCCCCUUUCGUUUGUAAGGAACAAAACAUCAAAUUUUUUAAAUGCCCCGUCUUGACUUAGAUGUCGCUGUGUUGGCUUUGGGCACAGCUGAGGCCUGGGGCUUUCAGUUAAGCACCUCUGCCCAUGAUAGUGGCCGGGCUCCCACGCGGGGUGUUGGCACAAUGGGGCAGCUGUGCCAUGAAUUCCCUCUGGGGUGUUGGGGAUGCUCAUGUGGGUCCCUAUCUGGAGAUCUGUGGGAGAAGGAAAGUGGAAUAAAUGGCUUUGCUGAAAGUUUAA